AUGGCUUGGCUCCUGCCUAUCGGCACUUUUGGCGGAUCCUCGGGCUCCGUCAUGAUCAUCGGGACAGUAGCCUACUAUUUCCGAGGCCACUGGCAGUGCAGGAAAUCAAAGGUGCUACCCGUGCCCAGCCAGCCGACACAAUGGGCGCCCAGCGGACAGGAGAAAAACACCUGGGCGCCUCGAGUCGCAGGAGAAGAGGUCGUGCCUGAAGGGGAUGCGCCGGCUGAGGGCUCCGAGCCCUCCUUCAAAGCCCGGGCCAUGGCUCAAGAUACCGGCACCCCGAAAGCAGCUCCCGUGGCUUCGUGGAUCACUGGAGGAGAACUGGCCUCGAGCUCCGCUGAGCCGGCAGCUGCCAACGACCAGAUGGCGAAAUCCAAACAAGGGCCUUCCUUCUCCAGAGAGGGCUCUCGAGUUGGUCGAGCAGAGGAUGAGCUUCAUGGCUCACGAGCUUUGGAGCGAGCGAGCUCCCUGCGAUACGCCGGCGCGCACACGGCCGCGGCUUUGGCAGACCACCCGACGCAGCCAACUGCUGAGGAGGUCCGAGCCGAGGAGCGAGAGGCAAGACACGAGCGGGUGAAGACGAUCGUGCGGAGCAUCCGAGAGGACAUGAAGGCCGACCGAUCAAAUCAG